AUCUGGACAAAUUGAGCACUUGGACGGAGCACUUGUGGGAAAAGUUGCUGCGCAAUUGGAUACACUGCUACAGUGAGGCUAGGCAAUUGGAUGGAAAAAGAGGGAUGACCGGCGAACAUGGACGGCGAUUCUUCGCAGAUCUGGGCGACUUCUAUGGAAAAAGGACAAAUCUGGGACGGCGAAUCUGGGCGAACAGGGAUGAAUCUGGGCGAACAGGGAUACGCCGGUGACGCGCGUUCAGAACCGGAACGAGCGACAAUGGCCGACGGGCGACGAUGGCCGACUUGGACCAGCGACUUGGACGGAGACUCCCAAGAGGGGCAGAGAUGGCCGAUCCCGUGACGAUGACAGCGGAAGAGACUUGGACAGUUCACCGGCGAGGGACUCACGACGUUCCGGCGUGGACAACCGGCGCAGACAACCGGCGAAUGAGAGACGAGACUUGCAGCGCCAGUUUGACGUGAUAUCCCAGGUUUAGAUUUGAUACCAUAUAGAAUUUAGUAAACUGAAUGACUUAAU